AACACCGGAGUGCAAGCUCAAUUAUCCACCAACGAAAAUGCUGUUCAUCGAGUGGUUUUGCCUUUUAAAGAUCAAAAGUCAGCUGACGCAGUGAAAAGGCAAUUAUCAGAUCAAAGCAAAAAAAUAGAUCACACUCUUCAACCUGUGUUCAAGAGUCGCAAAAUAUGUGAAGGCCUCGAGAUCUGCGAGCCCAAACCACCUAUAAUUAGCCAACAAUGCGUUGUGUACAAUUGUAAAUAUGAUUUGUGUGAUGCAGAGUAUGUCGGCUACACCAACCGAAAACUAGCCGAGUCCGUCGGGCUGCUCUGA